CAGUGGCUGUGCGGCAGCCGCACGGUGAACACCUUCGAGCAGGGGGACCUUGCGACCUCCACUAUAUAAACAACGCUCGCAGCUGCCGGGGUUUACUAGUUCGCAUGUCCGAUCGUCUGCUAACACUGUAAAUCCGCAAUGGAGGAAGAUGGGCUAAGAUUAAUUUUAUGGAUCCUGCUGAGUCUGGUUGCCUUAGGAGAGAGCAGUCAAAACUUCUCAAUCCCAAAGUUCGAGCUACCAAAAUAUGUUUCAACCCAUUCAAACAGCAAAUUGCUGGGCGAUAUAUUCAGCAUGCAGCCACCCUUCGCUCCAUGGGACAGCAAAGACGAACAAUGCCGGAAGGACAGCUUGCGGUUUUAUGAAGGGGUCAAAAACCUCGAGAUGUGGGCAUUGAAAAUGCAUGACGCGACGGGAAAGCUAGCAUCUGGUCUGCUCAAUGGAAAUCUGAAUCAACUGGGUGACUUUGAACAGUGUUUGAGCGUCACCAAGGGUCAGUACUGCCUGGCCAGGGCGUACCUGGAGCCGCUGGCGUCCACCGCCGAUGACGACAACGUUUUGGACCUGAUGCACUCGCAUAAAAUGGUCCAGAGUACGGCUUUUGACGGUGUGCGAUUUUUCCCUUCGUUUUCGGCGAUUUCAUGGGCGUUCUGCGUGCCAUCGUCGUGCAGCCACCGCGAGGUGCAAAGUUCGCUCCGCCGACUUGCUCGCCGAUACAACGCGACCACCGAGGGCCUCCGCUUGCACGUGCAGGUGGACUCUGACGGCUGCGUCGUUCGCAACAAGGAGGGCAUCAUCCGGAAAGGCCCCCUGAUCACAAUGAGUAUUGUGCUGCUUGUGGUCGCUUUUGCUAUAUUUGGAACUCUCGCUGACGCCAAAUUGAAAAGGGACAGGCUUGAAGGCAAGAUUUCAGAUGGACAGCUACCACCUGCUAAACAACGAUUCCUCCUUGCUUUCUCACUGUCGCGAAAUACUGGAGAUCUGAUGAAGACCGACACUGCCUUCGAUGACAUUAAUUGCCUGCACGGAAUAAGAGCGGUUUUCUCCCUCAUCAUCUACCUCAUCCAUCGUGGCGUGUUUGGGCUCUUUAUCCCUUUCACCAACAGAACCGAGCUGGCAGAGGACUUUGAAGGGGCUUGGACUAUGAUAUUCCGCGCAUUUCUGAACAACGUGGACACCUUCGUGGUGCUCAGCGGCCUCCUCACCUCAUACUACACGAUCAAGAAGCUUCAGUCAGGCAAGAAAAUCAGCGUGCUCAUGAUGUACCUCACGAGAUACGUCAAAUUCACGCCCAUCUUCGUCAUCACCGUGAUGCUAGUCAAAGACAUGGACUACUGGAUCCAGAGUCCGCAGGUGAUCCGCGUGGCCCAGCACUUUGUCAACGGCUGCAAGAACGGGUUCUGGAAGUCCUUUAUCUAUAUGAACAACUUUGACGGAAUGGACCACAUGUGCUACCCUCCGUCUCACCAGUUGGUCACUGACAUGCAAAUGUACUUGGCGGCGCCGUUCAUCAUCCUCGCCAUGUACAAGCAUCCCCGCCUGACGACGGCGGCGCUGACCGGCGUGCUGGCCGUGCUCGGCGUCCUGCGCUACGUGGUCAUCCACAAGUGGCACCUGUCCACCUUCAUCUACCACGGAAUUUCGCUGUCCCAGAUGGUGGACGCGGCGGACCGCAUGUACCUGAAUCCUCUGCACAGGAUGACGCCCUACCUGGCUGGAAUAAUGCUCGGCUACUUCCUCAGGGUCACCGGACGCCGCAGCCUGCUGCGAAAGGAUCAAAUGUACGCGGGCUGGGCUGUGGCGCUCAUUUGCGGCUACUACUCCUUCUUCGGCCCUUCGGAGAUCGCCGAGCGGGGCUACAAGUACCAGCCGCACGAUAGUGCUGUCUUUGGCGUCCUCCAGCCGGUUUUGUGGAGCAUCUGCCUCUGCUGGUGCAUUUACGCGUGCUACACUGGCUACGGAGGAAUGCUCAACUCCUUCCUCAGCUGGAAAGGGUUCGUCGUGUUCAGCAAACUCUCCUACGCUUUCUACAUGGUGCAGAUUCUUCUCAUUUUCGGCGGCAUCGCUUCCAUCCGUACUCCCCAGUAUUACAAAAUGAACAGCGUGUUCGACCUGAACGAGUUGUUCCUGCUGGUGGUGUGCAGCGUGGCGCUGACUCUGCUGUUCCUGCUGCCGCUGGCGCACGUGCUUGCGCUGGCGACGGGCGCCGACUUGCGCGAGGCUGAGGAGCGGCUGGCCAGCAGCCGGCGCUUCCAGGCGCGCUCUUACUCAUACAGCGUGGUCGAGUCUCGCCACUUGCGCAAUCUGGAGGGCGUUAAGCAUCCACCGUCCAACCUGCGCUUCCGUGAGGGCUUCCUCGGCUUCCUGGCUGACCACGAUACGCGCAAGAUCUAGGCCCGCCACUCCGACCAACCCCAAGACUGACUGACUGAUUUGUUCAUAUUACACUGGCUCCUUUUCGUCGCUGAAAAGGACGCUUUUUAUUUAUUUUUAAUCGUUAUUAUUGUCUCGAGGGGAAAACGACCUUUCUGUCCUUUCGCAUAUUUAUCGACUGAUUCCUAUGAAGCAUCGCUUUCUUUAGCUUGCAACUAGAAACCCGCUUUUUUCGCGGUGUUAUCAUGCUGUAAAUAUUAUUGUUCGCAAACUGAAUGUUAAUAAGAAGAAUGUUCUCUUGUAAAUAAACAAUAACGUUAUAUAA